AAGUGUCACCUUGUUCCGAAGGGACAUUUUACUCCGCUUACAAAUCAUGGGGUAGAGUCUACCGAGAAUAAACGCGGCACGGUCACGGACUGAUUUUAUAUGCGGGCGGAAUGUCAUCGAUGCAUCCAGGGUAACGCCCAGGUCACCCAAGCCCUUUUCUGCAGGAUAGCCGUCGGAGCACCGAAGUACGUGGGGAACGUCGACCUUUACAACGAUCUAAAUUUAGAACCGAUACGUAUCUAUCUUAUGGAAAGCUACUUCGAGAAAGCGGCCGAUACGAUAAUCCUCGUAUCUUUGCCGGCGCUAAUUACACAUCCGACGCAAAAGCCGACGUCGCCCGAAAUAUGUCUUGGGUCUUGAAAUCCCCAGAUCCACUCUCGGUACCAUUUGGCUCUCCAAACACCGGUCACCGUCCGUCCUCGUCGAACUCGUCGAUUAGAUAUUCUCUGGUGGUCAAAUUCUCUCAGGUUGAGCUCGUGAGCUCACCUGCGCGAAGCUAGAAUAGCCUCUUUGGCUACUAACGAAAAGGUAAGAAAGACUCGAAAUCUCUUUUGCAAUGAUACCUAAUUGUUAUGUUUUUCGUGUCCAAACUGCUGUUUUUUCUCUAUCUCCAGACAUUGGUUCUCCAAAAAGACGGUAAAAGCCACGGUUCGUUAGAUGGCUUAGUAAAAAAAUUCAAAAAUCUGCUGCUUCGAGACUAUUGAAAAUAUAAAAAAGACAACCAUUUUAUAUUUGGUAAAAAAAAUCGUUUUAUAAUUUGAGAUUUUAAAAUCUAAACAUAAAGUAUUUUUGACGAUAAGGUUAAAAGGAAGUUUUAUAACUAAGUAAAAAAAUUUAUAUGUUCAUGGAACUUAGAUGAAUCAUUGUUCCAUUUGUAAGCCAUGCAAAUAAAAUAUAGGAUUCACCACCCACCCCACUUAUAGUGGGUACGUAUGCGGGUACCAAUGUUGAUGGAAGCUGAAUACUGAUGGAAGCCGAGACAGACAAUCCUAAGGUUUUAAUUUUAAAAAAGUACCUUGUUUCGCUAUUUGUAAAAUAUUGCACUUUUACUGCUGGUCUUCAGUCAGACUAUUUAGAAAGUAACUAACCGGGUCAUUAUUUUUCCUGGGACUGUCUAAAAUUCAAAGAAAUAGUCCUCACGAACAAACUAAUAAAUAUCAAUUAACAUGUUGUUAUAGAAUUGAAUAAAUAAAAACAAUAUAAUAACUAAAAUUAUUAUUAUUUAGCAUAUUGCGUCAAUAUGAUCUGAAGAUAAAGAACAUGUACCUACAUAAUCGUAGGGUCUUACAGGCAGCACCCACAACUGAUUAGAUAAUGAAUUAUGAAUAAAUACUCUUGCCGGCUCCCAUAUUUCACGAUUGCGAGCAACAUGAAGCUCCUACUAGUGCUGGCUGGCUUAAUAGCAUUGUCUUCUGGCAAUGCUAUCCCCAUGAUCCCUGGAGACAACAGUCACUAUGUGGAAGGUGUAAGCCGAUACGUUUGGAUGCCUGAUGGCGAGGGUGUUCCUCACCUCGUUGACCUGGAAGAACCGGCCGAGGAAGACAUCCUUAUGUCAAGGAACGGUGCAAACAACCAAUACUGGCUUUUCACCAGACGUAACCAAAACAACCAUCAAGUUAUUACAAAUGGCAAUGUCAACUCUAUCCGGAACUCGAACUACAAUGGAAACCUGCCUCUCUUUGUUAUUGUCCACGGCUGGAACAGCAACGGAAACUCCGCUGUGAACACCAUGAUCCGCCCCGCCUUGCUGGCCGUCUCCGACUGCAACGUUAUUGUUGUGGACUGGCGUGGUCUUGCCAACGGUCUAUACAACACUGCCGUCAAUGGAGUUCCCAGUGUCGGACAGUUCCUUGGCAACUUUUUGGUCUGGCUCAUCAACAACGGAGGCGGCAAUUGGGGUCGAGUCCACUUGAUUGGCUUCAGCUUGGGCGCGCACGUUGUCGGUAACGCUGGACGACAGGCUGGUGGCAGACCCAACAGGGUUACCGGUUUGGAUCCGGCUGGGCCCAGGUGGGGUGGUAACAACCAAGCCCUGAACCGUAACGCAGGAGCUUAUGUGGAGGCAAUCCACACCGACGGUGGUCUUCUCGGUAUUUUUGACCGCAUUGCUCAUGGUGACUUUUACCCCAACGGUGGCAGAAACCCCCAACCGGGUUGCAGAGUUAGUACCUGCUCUCACAGUCGAGCCUACGAAUUGUACGCCUCCACUGUUCGUCACAAUCGUUUCGUUGGCAGACUAUGUAACAACCUCAAUCAGGCUCAGAACAAUCAGUGCUCUGGAGGUACCUUCAACAUGGGUAAUGCCGUAUUUGGUAAGCGCGGAAACGGAAUCUACGGACUCAGAACUGGCAGCAGUUGGCCUUUCUAAAAAUACGAUAUCUGUUAAUCAAAUAAAGCAAAAUUCGACGAUAA